AUGCGAUACACACACAAGCAGCAAACAGCAUAUCUGAGGCUGAAGCAUGUCAAUCUGGAGGUCCAUGACAACCACACGGCCCACCAAACACUGGGCCUGAGCUCCAGGCACCUGGUGGUACGGCGCGGGAGGCCUUUCAAAGUCACCAUGCUGUUACAUGGAAGAGUGUUCAAUGGAUGGAGACACUCAUCUUUACUGCCCUCAGUUUCAAAGGAUGAGUCUAUUUCUCAGUGGAGUGCCCAUAUCCACCCAGGGGAGAGGCAUUCUCAGUCGGUUACUGUCCACGUCUGUUCCCCUGCUAAGGCUCCUGUGGGACUCGACGACCUUCAAGUCCACAUUGUGUGUCUUGUUGGGCAACGCAGCUUCGCCAUAGGAAGCGUUGUCCUGCUGUGCACCCCCUGGCUUCAGUAUGAUACAGUGUACAUCCCUUUUGAAGACCAGAGAGAUGAGUACGUUACAAAUGACAUUGAAUUUUUGCACAUGGGCACUCCUCACAAUGUCAUAUCAAGACCAUGGUCAUUUGGCCAGUAUGAACAGGGGAUAUUGGAGAUUUGCCUUAACAUCCUCCAGGUCAGCCCACAGCACAGCAAAGACAAGCAGGGAGAUUACCUCCUCCGUGCAGACCCUGUCUACAUCAGCAGAGUUGUGUGUGCCAUGGUCAAUUGUGAAGAUGAUCGAGGCUUGAAGGGGUACUGGUCAGGAAACUUUAAAUAUGGAUUUAACCCGAUGCAAUGGACGGGCAGCGCAGACAUCUUAAAGCUCUGGGGCCGAUCCAAUUUCAGCCCUGUACGGUACGGCCAGUGCUGGGUCUUUGCCUCAGUCAUGUGUACAGUUAUGAGAGUUUUGGGGAUCCCAUCAAGAGUUGUCACAAUCUUUAACUCCGCCCAGGACACCAAUGGAAGCCUGGUCAUCGAGGAAUAUUACACCAACACUGGGGGAACAAUCAGCAUGUCCAAGGACAGCAUAUGGAACUUCUAUGUGUGGGUUGAAUGCUGGAUGUCACGACCAAACCUGGGCCCAGGGUUUGAUGGGUGGCAGGUAUUGGAUCCAACUCCCCAGGAGAAAAGUGGAGGUCAAAUACCUCAUUCUAUUCAAUAAUCACGUUCUGUUAGAUCAUUAAGAUCUGUGUCAGCACUCAUUUGUAUAGCUUCACGGUUCGUUUUGUUAUUUUGUUCGUUUUGUUCAGUGUUCAUUCUUAC